CGACUAAACUACAUUGUCCAGCAGCCUUUGCGCAUUGAUUUACGUCAGAUGCAGAUCAGGGGGCCGCGGGAGACAGAUCCGUGUAAAUCGAUGUUGUCAUGGAAACCGGCGCAGCGCCCUUCACCGCCCCGGCGUCUCUCAGAAGCCCUCUGAUCGGAGACAUCGGUAAUUGGGCAGACAGGACACCAGUUCAUGAUGCUUCCAGAAAUGGACAGGUACCCCAGCUGAAGCAAUUGAUUGACAGCGGUGUUUGUGUGAACUUGGUUACUGUGGACUCUAUCACUCCUCUUCAUGAAGCUUGUCUUCAUGGCCACCUUCAGUGUGUCAAUUUGCUGCUUACCGCUGGAGCACAGGUUGAUGCCAGGAAUAUUGAUGGCAGUACACCCCUAUGCGAUGCCUCUGCUGCUGGCAGUUUAGAAUGUAUAAAGUUGCUCUUGGAGUACGGUGCUAAAGUGAAUCCCCCACUUUUUACAGCAUCGCCCCUUCAUGAAGCAUGUAUGAGUGGCAGUGCUGACUGUGUGAAGCUUUUAAUUAAAAUGGGAGCAAAUCUGGAAGCCCAUGAUUGUCACUUUGGAACCCCUUUACAUGUGGCUUGUGCAAGGGAGCACUUGGAUUGUGCCAAAGGCUUACUUCUUGCAGGAGCAAAGGUAAAUGCAGCAAAGCUUCACGAGACAGCACUGCAUCAUGCUGCAAAGGUGAAAAACAAGGAUCUCAUUGAGAUGCUGGUUGAGUUUGGAGGAAAUGUUUAUGCAAGGGACAAUCGUGGAAAGAAGCCUUCAGAUUACAGCUGGUCAAACAGCCCUACAGCUAAAUGCUUUGAAUACUAUGAAAAGAUGCCCAGAAGUUUAUCUCAGUUGUGCAGACUCAAACUCAGAGAAGUCCUUGGCCAGGGAGUAGUAGAAAAAGUGUAUAAAUUAAAUAUACCCCAAAGACUUAUGGAAUAUCUUGCUUAUAACUGAAUCCCUCUGUGCUUGAAAGGACCGUGUGCAAAUUCACGUAAGAACUUAAUGGGCUCAUUUGCGAAGGCAUCAUAUUAAAUCCAUAACUGAUUCUUCACGUGGAACAGAAGCAGUAGUCUACGUAUUUAUUGCAUGGUAUAGGUGCUCAUCAAUAAAUCCAUGUCAUCUUGUUUGCACAUAUAUUUUUUAUCUUAAAUUAAUUUUUAUGAUCUCAUUUUAUUUUUGUAAAACAGAUUUGUGAAAUAGUUAUAGGCAUAGGAAGCAGAGUAAAUAAAUUACAGGAAACGCAUUUUUAAAUCUUCAGGUAGAUGUACAGGCACAGUUUUCUCCAGUUGUUCAUUCCUUUUAAAGCGGGGGUUCACCCUAAAAAAAAAAAAU